CCAGAGCCCCAAAUCGCAGGGGUUAUCGCCGCUGGUACCUCCCUCGCCCUGUACAGUCCCCUACCCGGCCUCGCCCCCCUCACCUGAAUUGCGCCCCGCCAGUCAUCUACCUGGUGCAUCCAAGGAGAAAGAAGACAACAGUGGGGCUCCACAAACAGCUCCUGGCACCCAGCAGCCACCACAAAGGUGAAAGAGGACACGACAGACGAGCAGUUCGUGGGAUUUCGGAUCUCUUUGAAACUUCUACUUUUCGACAUUUUGCACAAUUUCGCGGUGAAAGGAGGAGCGAAAGAGGAAUACCGGUUGUGCGCAGUUGCAUGUUGUUGGAACUUUAAUUUUUUUCUCCACGGUAUUCUGAAGUGACAAUCACCUUAGGGCUGACAGGAAAGAUUCGGUGGAACUGCAAACUGAGUUAGUAGUAAGUGUACCCGGUGCUUACAACAACUGAACUGAAGUUUUUUUUCAAUAAAAACACUUAAAAGUUGCAAAAAAAUCUGAAUUGACCUGCUCUCGCCAUAUCGCUCCCAGAUUCGUCUUUUUUUUUCAAACUCUUCCCUCGAAGACUACAUUUCCGAGUUUGGAAGAGUAGAGUCGUCUGCAGCAUACUUGCAGGUGAUACCCAAGCUCUUCGGGUUUUCCCCACCCCUACGCCGCUACCCCAGAGGUCUGCGAACCCCUGCUACCCCACAGUCAGCUGACUUGACUUCCAUCUUUUUCACUUCAGGACGCUGACAUCGCCAUCGCCAUCGCCAUGGUCGGCAAGAUGAAAGGCGUGUCGGACAUGAAGGAGCGCCUGAAGGUGGAGGAGUUAGAGGAGAACAUCGAGGAGCUGAAGGGCGUGGCCCAGGACGUCUUCCCUGCCCUCGUCUUCACUGUCAUCGUCUCCAGCGUCCUUCUCUUCAUCUUUCUCCUCAGGUUGUACAUCCGCUGGGGCGCGGAGUGUCCGAGCAAGAACCGAAUGGACGGCAAGACUGUCAUCGUCACGGGCGCCAACACAGGUCUGGGGAAGGCCACAGCCGUGGAGCUGGCCAAAAGAGGAGCUCGCGUCUACCUAGCGUGCCGGGACAAGGUCAAAGGUGAAGCCGUGGCGCGCGGGAUCCGGAAGAAGACCGGCAAUCAGAACGUCUUCGCCGCCCGCCUGGACCUGGCCAGCCUGCGCUCCAUCAAGGAGUUCGCUGACGACUUCAUCCAGAACGAGGCCAAACUGCACGUGCUCAUCAACAAUGCAGCUUACCUGGGGCCCAAGGCGGCCACCGACGACGGGUUCGAGCGGAGUUUAGGCGUCAACCACCUGGGCCACGCCUACCUGACGCUGCUGCUGAUGGACAAGCUGAAGAAGUGCGCCCCCAGCCGCGUCAUCAACGUCGUGUCCGACUCCUACGUGCGCGCCAAGAUCGACUUCGAUGACCUGCCCCUGGCGCGAGGUUACGACCCCUACAGCGCCUACGCCCGCAGCAAGCUGGCCCAGACGGUCUUCAACCUGGAGUGCCACCGCCACUUCUUCUCCGGCUGUGUCUGGAACUUUGCUGUCCACCCCGGCGCGUGCUGUACAGACCUGCUGCGCAACUACCCCGGCAUGUACGGCAACCUGCUGCGCGUGGCGGCGCGCGUGCUCUUCAAGUCGCCGGAGGAGGGCUGCCAGACCAUCGUGUACUGCGCCGUGGCCGACGGCCUGCGCGACUUCUCUGGCAAGCUCUUCGCCAACUGCAAGGUUGUGAAGCUCAAUGAGGUGGCGAGAGACAAACAGCUAGGCAAGCGUCUGUGGAACACCACCCUGCACCUCUGUGGACUAGAGAACGAGUUCUUCACCUACCCCGACGACGAGGAAGCUGCGCAGCCCACAGAAAACGGGUCACAGGUCAUCAGCACGGAGAGCCCCAUCACUGCGGAGUCUGACCCUGGGGUCACCGGCCCGGAGAAACGCACUGCGGCACAGGCGCCCACCCCUACUUCUAGUUAGAGGUGUCGCUCGUUCCUACACCCACCCGCAUAUCAGCCAACUCGUCAACAACGAGUUGGUCGCCACGAUUUUGUGCCUAUUUCGUAAAUAAUCGGAAAUAGUCGAUCCACUUCGAUUUCCGUCGAGUAGCUAUAUCUUCUUCUUCUAGAAUGGUAAAUCAGCAAGUAUUCCAAACGCUUCGUGGGAUAAUGUAUAUGCAAUGUACAGAAAAGCACAUUCACCUAGGGAUAUGCGCGAACACACACGUUUGAUCGACAGUUAUCUAUUCAUAUCAAUCAUAUCUUCCAAAGAAAUUAUUUAUAUACAACAAAACAGUUGAAGUUUAUCGCUACUAAACUUACUUAAAGAAAGUUUUAUUUAAAAAAUAAAUAAAUAAAUGUAGAUGAUGGUUGACAUGAAAUUUCCACUUAGUACAUUGAAAAGUGUUUGCUUAGUUCAAACGGAAUUAAUUGUUUAAAACGAUUAACUUCUUUGAAAAAAAAACAACCCCAAGCUAUAUGAUUAUAAUUUAGGGUUUCUGAGUUUAAAUUUUAUUGAAAUACUAUAGCUUUACUCAAGACAUUUUAUUUGAUAGCAAAAAUAAGAAAUGAGUAUGGUCUGAAAAGCCUUUUGUCGAAUAUCAACAAUUCCCAAUAUCCUGUGACCCAGGACAAAUUAUUUGAAUAUAUGCAAUUUGUAUAUACGGAUUAGUACAGUCUAUUUUUAUGAACGAUGUAGUUCCCCGCCCCCUUUUUUUUAAGAGACCAGCUACUGUAUUAAAAAAGAAACAGUGCAAUAUUCUGAUUAUAUUGUGAUUAGCCACACAGUGAUGCUAUUAACUGCUCUUGCUUAUAGUUUUUGUGAGCUCAUGUAACCUCUUCUAGGUUUCCUCACAUUUUCCCCCUUCCUGUGAGCUACUUUCCGUUGCUGUCUGUGUCAACAUGAAAUGAGCAAUUUCUUCAGUGAACUGAUGUCAUUAUAUAUUUUAAAAGACUCCAAUCUCCGUUUACAUCCAAGUUGGGGAGUGCCAGGUGACAGAAAUAUACUCGAUUUGUAUGAAACACCAGGCCAUUGAAAUAACUCUAAAUACUCGAGUUAAGGAGGUCGAAACAAUCUAAACUGUAGCUGCAGACUGACAAAAAUUAUUUCACGUGGCAAUUUGAUCAUGGCUCUACAAUUUUUAUGACAAAGCACAACUUGCAGUCCUAUUUCAAGGGUCGGCUGACAAAUCCUGAAGUAGAAACAUAUUUCUAGGGGUAUUUUUAAUGUCCGAAUCAUUUGAUACCAAAACUAUUCUGCAACCACUGGGCAGUAUCCUAAUUACAAUAGAAACUGUGUCUUGAGGUGUACAAGAGAUGUCUCUAGCACGGAACAGUGGCAAAUGUUGCUGUGCCAGGUGUAUAAUUAUGAGGAAGAUUAUUUAUUGUUAUUGUUGGAAUCUUUUUAGUCAAGUGUAUGUCCUUCAUGGAUGAUUAUUGUCUUAGGUUGGAAUUUUACUUGCAUGAAAAUAAAGGCAUUACACCACAACCAGCAGUCAAAUAUCACCUGAGAUGUAGAACACGUGAAAACCACCGGGCAGAUUAUAAUUAUCCAUAAGCGCACGCAGCUUUGAGUUGUGAAAUCACAUUGCAUGACAGUUAAAAAACUGCUUUAGGUUCAGGUUUCAGUGUGUUGUCUCUUCACUACUAUAUGGUUGACGCGGGAAAUCCAAAUCAAUCAUGAUUUGAAUCAAUUUAUUUUUCAACUGUCUAUUAGAGAUGUAAGCUUUUAGCACUAGACUGGCAAGAUUGCGAUGCUGAUGUUUGUUCAUGUGUGUGCUUGAUGUGAAAUAUUUAUUUGUACAAGUCUGAUCCAGCAUUAGAUGAGUAUUGAUAAAGCUACAAAGUGGAAGGUUGCUUAAGCUUUGUUUUGCUGUCAAAUCUUUAUUUCUAAAGUAGACGGAUUUAUAAAUGCCAGAUAGAUCAAUAUUUGUUCAGUGUUGUUUCAUUUGGAAAUAAAGCUGUACACAACUACCGAA